CUUGAUUGGCGUGUGUCCCGAGCUCACGUCACGGGAGUCCGGUGCUCGGCUCUGAAAUCUUUGGACAACUCUGGAUACGAGGUGAAGAGAGCCGGUGACUUUUAUUUUGUGACUUUAUAAAAUGUUUUAGUGUGUAUUCAGUCGCUGUAUCUUUGAUUUGGUUGACGGUAUUAAAGCCAGUCUAACCCUAACACCGGGGGGAAGCGACAGGUGCAUGUGGAUGGUGAUACAAUCUGGGACACGUUCGCUUCGCUACGGACGGAUUGAUAAUCCCAGCCUCCAAAUCUGAUCAACUCCUUCAUUUGAAGAAAGACAAGUGACUCUGACCCUGUGCGGCAUGUAAAUCCAGGUAAAUGGGUAAAAGCAGCGCCGUGUGGUGCCGUGCGUGUUCCCUGUGAGCACGCUCGGAGAAAGUUAUCCCAACUUAACCAGUGACUGCGACAAUGUCUGUCUUGAACAUUUGGACCUUCGUUUCUUGAAGAAAACAUUCAAGUGGUCGUUCGGCGAGACCUCUGCGCACGGAUUUCCAAGACCUUAUCGUCUGAACAAUAAGUGAUUUAAUGGAGAAGAAGAAGAACAAAGCCACCAAGUGGACCGGCUCCCCGGACGGUGGAGCCAAAGACAGAGUGGACAGUGUGGAUCCAUAUGGUUUUGCACGUUCAGAGGACUUUGAUUAUGAAUCUUACGAAGAACUGAUGUCAGAGUAUCUAGUCGUGCUCACCAGACGAUCCAUCAAGUGGUCCAAACUGCUGAAGGGCAAAAGCAAAGUGGAGAAGAAUUUGAAACUGAAGCGUUAUGUUCGUAAGGGGAUUCCCAACGAGCACCGGGCCCAGAUCUGGAUGACAGCCAGCGGAGCUCAAGAGCAGCUGGAGAAGAACCCAGAUUACUACCAGUCCCUGCUGCAGGCCCAGCACGACCCCAAACUGGUGGAGACCAUCUGCACAGACUUGAACAGAACAUUUCCAGACAAUGUCCAGUUCCACAAGACGUCCAGUCCAUGUCUGCAGAAAGCUCUGCACAAUGUGCUGCUUGCUUAUGGUCAUCACAAUCCUGCUGUGGGCUACUGCCAGGGAAUGAAUUUCAUCGCUGGGUAUCUACUUAUCAUCACUAAAGAUGAAGAGAAAUCCUUCUGGCUGAUGGAUGCGCUGCUGGGCAGGAUAUUACCAGACUACUACAGUCCAGCCAUGCUGGGGCUGAAGACGGACCAGGAAGUGUUGGGGGAGCUGGUGAAAGUUAAAGUCCCCACAGUUUGGCAGACCAUGGUGGAGCACAACGUCAUGUGGACCCUGGUGGUGUCCCGGUGGUUCAUCUGCCUCUACAUAGACAUCUUGCCUGUAGAGACAGUCCUGCGGAUUUGGGAUUGCCUGUUCUAUGAGGGAUCUAAAAUCCUGUUCCGUGUCGCUCUGACACUGAUCCACCACAACCAGGCGCUGAUCCAGCAGGCCCAGUCACUGCCAGAUGUCUGCCAGAACUUCAAGCAGAUCACACGCGGACCAUUUGUUGAUGAAUGUCACACUUUCAUGCAGAAAAUCUUCACUGAACCAGGAAGUCUGUCCAUGGCAACUAUUACUAAGCUCCGGGAAACGUGUCGUGCCCGGAUUAUCGCAGAGGAGUCUUGACCCCUGACUAACGACAUGUUGCUGAAACUCAUUACACAUUCCAGGGCUGUCUCCCAAUAGUCUGUCACCGUCUCCCAGCUCCUCAUUUACACCUUAUUUAGGGUGUUGAGGUUUAUAACAAUAACUUAAUAACUUGUUUAUAACUGACUUUGUUGUCAUAGUGUUCAGUCCAUUUAGUUGGCGUCUUAAACAUACAUUGAGAUAAUUGCACAGCCUAAGUGUAAAUAUAUUGCAUAUAUUAGUAUACACUUAGCAUUGUCUUUUGUAUGAUUUGAAGAUUCAUUUCAAAUUGACAUUUGGAUCAUAUGGGUUGUCUUAAGUGAAUACAUGUUUUCUUUUCUGUGAGCUUGCUAAAAUGCAUAAAUAUGCACUUUACUACUGGCAGUGAAAGACACUGCAGAGAUAGACUAAAUGUGUGUUGCACACUUGAGGCUCAGCCAAGAGGAUCCUACCUGUUGUUUUUCAUGUCAUUAUCUCAAGGGCAAUUGUUAUGACUAUUACAAAGAAUAAUAACAUAAAGGUAAUUAAGAUUAUUUUGUAUGUCUCGGGGCAAAAAGUAAUAAGCACUAGAUGGUGUAACUGCUGUCCUUUCAAAUGUGAAUCAUAUUUGUGACAAACUUUGAUUCCUUUAAACAUUUCAGAAUCUGAUAGUUCAGUCUGGAGGUUUUGUUCAGACAUUUGAUCUUGCAGCUGGGACUGGAGACACCAUGUGGCCGCUGCAGGAGCAGUGGCCGGUCCUCACUCGCGGCAUGGGAACGCUGUAGGUCCAUAUUUCACUUGUACAUUCAUGUGCACUAUGAAGAAAUGAUCCAAGCACAAUUAAAAGGGCUGCUUACUUUUUCUA